AUGAUCGACCUAGUCUCUAGCUUCAUCACCCAAGGCGACAAUUUCGACCGAAACCAUGGCCCGAUUCAACAUAGGAUAGCACAGGACCACCGUGUCCAAGUUGACGGUCUUGUUUCCAAGCCGUUGCACCUCACCGUUGACCAACUGGUCAAUGACUUCCCUCAACACUCCGUCACAUGCACGCUGCAAUGUGCGGGAAACCGUCGCCAUACCAUGCGUACCCGCAUCAAAGAGGUCCUCGGUGUGGACUGGUUAGACGGCGCGGUGAUGAAUUGUACAUGGGAAGGUCCCCGAGUUCGUGACAUCCUACUCGCCGCCGGAGUCGACGACCCUCAAGUCAUGCAUGACGGUGUAUCACCCAGACAUGUCCAGUUCGCCAAUUACGGUGGCAAGACCCAGCAUGAUGACUGGUAUGGAGGCAGCAUACCCUUCGAUAGGGCCAUGAGUCCGGAAAUGGAUGUGAUCCUGGCAGUCAAGAUGAAUGGUGCGCCCUUGCCCGCUCGUCACGGGUUCCCCGUCCGCGCAAUUGUCCCAGGCGUGCUUGGGGCUCGUUCGGUGAAAUGGCUCGAUCGCGUCACAGUUUCCAACCAGGAGUCGCCCUGUUUCUAUCAACAGCGUGAUUACAAAAUCUUACCACCAGAAGCAGUUGAUGCCGAGAGUGCAGAGAAAUUUUGGGCCAAGUGCCCGACAAUGCUCGAAAUGCCCAUCAACUCUUGUGUCGCAUGGCCGACCUCCGAGGCCGCCAUCCGUUUUCCGGCAUCUGGCCUGAUUGAUGUGCUCGGCUAUGCCGUUCCACAGGGUACCCACGGCCCAGUUGUCCGGGUACAGGUCUCUGGGGAUGAGGGCAAGACUUGGACUGAUGCACAUCUUGAAAAUGGUGGCAAAUUCGCAAGCAAAUGGAGUUGGGUCCUGUGGCACGCAAGAAUCAAGAUCGAGAGGGGACAUGGUAGGAGAAUAUUCUCCAAAGCGACCGAUGCUGGCGGUAAUCAACAAACCCUCGAACGAUCCCCCUGGAACUUGAGAGGAGUUGCCUACAACGGGUACGAGGCUGUCUAUGACCUGACCGUCAUUUAG